UCAAUGGUGUUUUCAUAAUUCGUCGGUUCUUAAUUAAUAUAAUAAUGCACAUGUGGGUGGCUCUGCAGUUUUCCCAAAAGAAUAUUACUUAAACUCUUUCCUUUCUUCUUCUCACUCUCAGAACUCAAAGCUCCGAAAGCUGAAAGAUUCCUCCCCCCCCCCCCGACCCAAAAAAAAGAUCAUGACGCGACAGGAGAUGGAAACAAUCUGGAUAAUCGGGGGACAAAGGAUCAUGGCGAUGUUGGUUUUUUCCCCUUAGUUUGUAUGCGGAAUUUAGCCUAUCAAAGAGAAUCAAGAUACACCAACAAACUGCUUAAUUUCGACUGUUACGUACUUUGGAUUUCGUUUCACGGCAAUCCUGACAAGCUUGAUUUCUUUGGUUGCCCCAGCCCGUAGAAAGGGUCAGAGAAGUUCAAGUAAAAUAUCUGUCGAUGCAGGCAUCCCAGCAACAUAGAAGCUUAAUCAUGGCCGGUGGAUUGUAUCAUCAAGUAAAGCAAGAAGUUGAUCCCUGCUGCUUACCUCAAUUCCCAGCUAUUGAUCGCUCUGUUUGCUAUCGUGACAGCAGCCACAGAUCCCAUGUUUCGGUUAAGAAUUCACAUGAGCUUUAUUGCACUUUGGAGUCAUCUUCUGCACCUGGCAGUGAUACGGUAUACAACUCUUCAUCAACUGGCAGUUUUUCAUCAAAUGGAAGCACGAUGUCAAAGCAAGAACCUCAGUUCUAUCCAUCUGCCCUGCAUCAGUCUCUGGAAAAUACCUAUAGCUCUCCUAUUAGCGGUUCCUGUGUAACUGAUGAUGUAAGUGAUUUGAGGGAUAAGCUGAGAGAACUGGAAACUGUGAUGAUGGGAACCGAUUCUGAUAUUAUCGAUAGCACAACCUCACUGGAGAUGGACAGCUGGAGACUUGUAACGGAUGCAGUCUCCAGACGGGAUUUAAAACAGGUCCUUGUCUACUGUGCAAAAGCUGUAUCAGAUAAUGAUCUGUUGACAGCACAGUGGCUAAUGGACGAAUUACGGCAGAUGGUGUCGGUUUCUGGUGAGCCCAUCCAGAGGUUGGGAGCAUACAUGUUGGAAGGGCUUGUGGCACGACUGUCCUCCUCGGGGAGUUCAAUCUACAAGGCUUUGAGAUGCAAAGAACCGGAAAGUGUCGAACUAUUGUCUUACAUGCACAUUCUUUAUGAGGUUUGCCCCUACUUCAAGUUUGGUUACAUGUCCGCUAACGGAGCCAUUGCGGAAGCCAUGAAGGAUGAAGAUAGAGUUCAUAUUAUUGAUUUCCAAAUAGCUCAAGGGAGUCAGUGGAUUACUCUUAUUCAAGCAUUUGCAGCCAGGCCUGGUGGGCCACCUCACAUUCGUAUUACUGGCAUUGAUGAUUCCACUUCUGCUUAUGCCCGUGGAGGAGGCUUAAACAUUGUGGGAAAGAGACUGUCUAAGCUUGCAGCUCAUUUUAAAGUGCCAUUUGAAUUUAAUGCUGCUGCUAUGUCUGGUUGUGAGGUUCAGCAGGAACAUCUUCAAGUUCGACCUGGAGAGGCUCUAGCUGUCAAUUUUGCUUUCACGCUUCACCACAUGCCUGAUGAGAGCGUCAGCACCAAGAAUCAUCGUGACCGACUCCUGAGGUUGGUUAAGAGCAUGUCUCCAAAAGUUGUAACCCUAGUUGAGCAGGAAUCUAACACAAAUACUGCUCCGUUCUUCCCAAGGUUCUGUGAGACGUUGAACUAUUAUACGGCCAUGUUUGAAUCCAUUGACGUGACUCUCCCACGGGAACAUAAAGAGAGGAUUAACGUUGAGCAGCAUUGCCUGGCAAGGGAUGCAGUUAACAUCAUAGCUUGCGAGGGACCUGAGAGAGUGGAACGACAUGAGCUCCUAGGGAAGUGGAAGUCAAGGUUCAGAAUGGCAGGGUUCACUCCUUAUCCAUUAAGUUCCUUGGUGAAUUCCACCAUAAAAACACUGCUUGAGAACUACAGUGAUAAAUAUAGGCUUGAGGAGAGAGAUGGGGAUUUAUACCUCGGCUGGAUGAAUAGGAAUUUGGUUGCUGCUUGUGCAUGGAAGUGAUUUCCCCCCGUGUAAUAUAUUGUACUCUCAUACAUGGUAACAGGGGACUUUCAACAUAGUUACCCUGUUCUGCACCAUUGACCAAGGCCUCUGGCAUGCAUGUAAGUGAAAAUUAUGCUUCUAACUGUUGUUUUAGGAACCUGGGAACUGAGCAAUGGUCGAAUAUCCUCCCUUUCUCUUAGCUUCCAAGAGUUUAUUAAAAGGUUACUGCUUAUUAAAGUCUUUUCUUAACUAUGUACCUGUAAAUCAUAAGUUUGCCGUCUUUUUAUUCAU